AUGAAUAGAUUUAAAAAAUAUUUAGAAUGUGAUGAUGAUUAGGUUUUAGAUAUAUAUGAUCAAUUAAUAGAUGAGAUUUUAUAACACCAAAACGAACAGGAGCAGCUUAUUUUGAAUUUAAAAGAUCACAUGCAAUUGGUUGAGAUUAAAAAAAAAAUCAGAAUCUUAUAAUUGAUAAAUGAAAUCAUUUGUUGUAAUGAUACAAAUUUUAAAUCAUUAAUACAAAUCCACUUUUUGGAUUUACUUAAAGAAUAUUUUGAACAUCAAAGUAAGAGUCUUUAAUCUAAUUAUUUGUGUUAAGAAGAUGAAGUUGAAGUCAUUGAGCUCUAUAUGUUUGUAAACAAAAUAUUAGCAUAUUACGAUCCUGGCUAAAUAGAAAAACCGAGACUAAGUGUGAUGAAACCAAAAAGUGAAGAAUUCAAAUUUUAAUUUGAAUCUCGAGCUUCAAUAUUCUUGAAUGAUUAAGAAUAGAAAUAUGAAGAAAAAGAAAUAUAGACUGAUGAAGAUUAAGAAUUGAUAAAAUGGAAAAAUAAAUGGGAACUAUAAUUUCAUUACAAUUAGAGAUUGCAAAAAAUUAACUAAUAAUUACGAAAAGAAAUAGCAGAUUAUUAGAAGAAACAAAAUCAAACUUCUUAAACAAUAUAAAAACCCUAAUCUGCAAUAUAUUUGCAACAGCAUGCAAAAUUAAAAAAUGAUUUAAGUGUAUCAUUUGGGUAAUAGCAAUCUUAAUCAUAAUAAUUAAUGAAGUUUGAAGAUGAUGAGGAAGAUCAAAUUAUAAUAAGUGAUAUAACUGAAAAUACUGAUUAAACAAGUCAAAUAAAACAAAUUUCAUCGAUUUUAAAAAAGAAUGAAAAUGAUAAAAAAUAAAAGAAGAGAGUUUAAUUCGUCUAGAGAAAACUUAAUGUUCAAUGUUACAAUUAUUAGAAUCUGCUGAAUGAAAUUGAAUAAUCAGAAUUACAAUGUUUAAAGAAAUGUUGCUUUUCUAAAUACGGAAUCAUUUACGAUGACAGAUCAAUAUAAAUAUUACUAUAGUUGAGUGACUCUGUUGAAUUCGAGUCAUCCUUAACAAUAUUGAAUAGAACAAAUGAUGACAUCAAAUUAUCUCUGAUCUAUAAAUAACCGGUCAAUAUUAGUGUUAGAAUUAGAGAUCUGGUCUUGAAUUCCAAAAAGUCCCUCAAGUAGAUUAUUUACAAUGAUAAGGAUGAACUUUUACAAUUGUAACUUAAUUAUGAGUUGAACCAAUAAAAAAUAGACAAAUACAUUUUAAUACCAAAUUUAUUACACAAAUACUUACAAUUCAACAAAUUUACAGAGGCAGCAUAUCUACAACACAUGGAUGAAAUCAAAAACAAUGAUACACAUACUAUGUUAAUCAGUUAAUGUCCCAAUGUCAUUGUGGAUGAGGAGAAAAUUAUGAAGAUAAUUCCUAAUUAUAUCACAUCUAAAAAGAAGUACUUAAGCAGUAUGAAUUAUAAAUCUAUUCAAUUUUAUUGUAAAAUUAAAUCUGAUAAGAAUCAAACCGAAGUUAAGUUGCUGAUAGAUUCAAAUAAUGAACAGUUUGGAACAAAGUUACUCCAAUAGCUAAUAUUCUUGUUGAUUAUUUAAAAGAAAUGA